UGUAUUUCGAGGGUUCAAAAUUCCAAAAACCCCUCUUUUAUAUUUUGUUCCCUCUCUCUCUCCUCCGGUGGAAGAUCUCACCGGAAAUUGUUCACGAGUGUUAACCGAUUCAAUGUGCUCGGAGAUGGAAGCUUCCGAAAAUUUGAUGCACACAAUCCACAGUUCCUUCACCGGCGGCGGCAUACAUUUUGCAACCCCAAUUUCAUCUCUGAGAACAAAUGAAUUAGACCUGGUUCGAGGAGUUCUGCAAAUGCUUCAAGGUUUAUCGAGUUCCUUAUUCAAUUGGGAUGAGAAAAGGCACUGUUUCCACUUCAAAAGGGGAAUUUAUUUGACCCAUCUUUCGCAGACGAGUUUGUAUCGCAUUCUCGAUCAGUUUUUAUAUGCUGCCACAUGCUUACAAUUGGUCGAUAUUGCGGUAACCAAAAUCGAGAAAUCGAAGGGCUCGCCUCCUCCGACUUUACGAGCAUUUUCUUGCUCUGUUAGCACAUGGCUUCGAAGGAUACGAGAUGUUGCUUUGAAAGAAGAGGUGAAAGUGAAUAGCUCAAAUGGUUGUAUUGCUCUUUCUAUUUUGGGGUUGUCGAGUUCUUUAUCAAGUGUUUGCUCAGGAGCUGAAUAUUUGUUUCAAAUUGUUGACGGGGCCAUUCCUCAAUUCUAUUUAGAAAUCGAUCCCUAUCUUCCGGCUGCGGAAAUCGCCUUUCAGAUUCUGAACCAUCUUUAUUUGAAGCUCAAUGAAGUUUGUCUUGUGCAAGGGGGAGAGGAGGAUGCGUACCGGAUGCUACUUUAUAUAUUUGUGGGAAGUUUGCUUCCUUAUAUUGAGACCCUUGACUCUUGGCUUUUCCAAGGAACUCUUGAUGAUCCUUUUGAAGAGAUGUUUUUUGUUGCAAACAAGAAAAUCGCAAUAGAGGAGGCUGAGUUCUGGGAUAAAAGCUAUCAGCUAAGAUCAACUAAGCCUGAAAAAUUAAUACUUGCAGAUUUUCUCUCGGAUUUCCCAGAGAAAAAAGAUAAAACCGGUAGAGCACCCAUAUCUUCGUCUAAUGUAGCCGUUGCAAAUGAAGAAACUAAAAAAGACUCUCAACUCUGCCCGUUCUUUAUCAAAGACGUUGCAAAGGCAAUAAUUUCAGCUGGAAAAUCAUUACAGCUAAUUCGGCAUGCUCCUACAACAUCUCUUUUAUCAGUUUCUACAGAUAAUGUCGAGGAUGGGUAUAACAUAGCUGGAUUAACCUUAUCCGAGAUCUUUUGCGUGUCACUAACAGCUCUUGUUGGCUACGGCGAUCAUGUCUCUGAGUAUUUAUCGCAAGAUGACAGUUUUUCGAUUGCAAAUGUAGAGUCAAAAAACUUUUGGCAGAAAUUGUUGGAUGAUACAUUGGCACAAAAAGGAAAUACGGGUUCGGUACUUUCUUCACAAAACGGUGCAUUAAAUCCCCAAAAAUAUUGUCCCGAAAACCCAGCUAUUACAGUGUGUUGUGGGAUUCUCGAGGAGAAUAGGGAUGCUUGGAGCUCGUUGAAUAUUUCUCAAGCCUUCAAUCUUCCUCCUUUAAACGACGAGUGGCUAAGGCAGGCUAUAUUUAGGGAUAACAGUGGACACGGUUUGAAUACGGAUUAUACCUCUGGGUUUCAGUUUGGUGAAUUGGAGUGCUUGAGGUUCUUGGAAGAUGCGAAAAUACUCGAAGCUGUGCUUCCCUUUCCAACGCUUCUUCCGUGUCUCCAGGAGGACCUUCAGAUGUCGGAAGUUUUACCUUUUCAGAAUAAUUGUACUCUUCCAUCGAAAACCCUAAGAUGGAUUCAAAAUGUCGACCCGAAAAGCACUCCACCCCCUGCAGCCAUUAUUCAAGAAUGCCUUAUCUUCUAUAUCAAGAAGCAGGCUGAUUAUAUUGGCAGGAUUAUGUUGUCGAAAUUACUGCAUGACUGGAAAUUGAUGGAUGAGCUGGGUGUGUUGCGUGCUAUUUAUUUAUUAGGGUCAGGUGAUAUGCUGCAGCAUUUCUUGUCGGUGAUCUACAAUAAGCUAGACAAAGGAGAAUCCUUAGACGAUGAUUUCGAGUUGAACACGUUAUUACAGGAGUCAAUAAGGAAUUCGGCUGAUAAUGUGCUACUAAGCGCGCCCGAUUCGUUAGUAGUAUCAGUGUCCAGAAGUCCCGGUUUCGGUGAAGAUGAACAAAACAGUCCUUCUAUCUCCACGCCUCGUAAAGGUAGAAAUCAGAGCUCUGGAAUGGAUGUUCUCGAUUCUCUCAAGUUCACAUAUAAGGUCUCUUGGCCACUCGAAGUUAUUGCUAAUGCGGAAGCAAUGAGGAAGUAUAACCAGGUGAUGAGUUGCUUAUUGAAAAUUAAACGUGCAAAAUUUGUGCUUGACAAAGCUCGGCGGUGGAUGUGGAAGGAUAAAGGCACUGCAACAAUAAAACGCAAGCGCUACUGGUUGCUUGAGCAAAAACUUCUCCAUUUCGUAGACGCCUUUCACAAUUACGUUAUGGACAGGGUAUAUCACAAUGCAUGGCGCGAGCUUUGUGAGGGUGUGGCAGCAGCCGGAACUCUGGAUGAAGCAAUUGAAGUACACGAGGCCUACUUGUUGUCUAUUCAGAGACAGUGCUUUGUGGUUCCAGACAAACUGUGGGGAUUGAUCGCCAGCCGUAUAAACAGUAUACUCGGGCUAGCUUUGGACUUUUAUUCCAUACAGCAAACUCUGAGCAGCGGCGGUGCAAUUUCUACGGUCAAAGCAAGAUGUGAGAAAGAAGUCGAACGAAUAGAGAAACAGUUUGACGACUGCAUGGCGUUUCUUCUCAGGAUUCUAUCGGUGAAACUAAAUGUAGGUCAAUUCCCUCAUUUAGCAGCUCUAGUUACUCGUAUUAACUACAACUGUUUCUACAUGUCUGAUGCCGGGAUUCUGAUGCCUGUUCCUGGUUCUGCCACCUCACGUAAAUAAUCGUUCCGUCUUUUUUUUUUUUUUUUUCCGGUGAGUGUAAAGUUUAUUGUUUCUCGUAAACUGAUCUUGCAUUCGUAAACGAUUAAUAGUAUAUCUGAAGCUUUCGUGUCUCAGAGUUUGCUGUAGAAUUUCGAUCUUAUGCAUUUUUUUUGGGUGAUAUGUAUUGAAGAUGUAUGUAUCCAUCGAUACUUCAUUAUUCGAUUAUGAAGCAUUUCUAAUGUUCAUUUGGUUA